AUGAAUUCCGAGCUUGCAGCCGCAUUUGCGAAACGCCGCAGUAGGCAAGAGCAGGCCGGAAGCGAAAAGAAAAAGAAAUCGCCCAGCAAAAAGCUAGAUCAGCAUCUGGCUUCCAGCUCGUCCACCCCACCUCCUGGCGAUGAUGCCUCCAAAUCCAGCAGGGCCCGCAGCACCAAGUCGUCCGUGGGAAGUGGCGAGACUGGAGGCAGCCACAAGCACCGAAAAGUCACCCCUGCUCCGGAAUCCACCCAUUCCCGAAGUGGCGAACGCCGACAACAAAAGAAUUCUUCCAAAAGCAGUAGGUCUGGAAAACACAGCGUUUCUUCUGCUGCAUCGUCCGUGGACAGUUCUACGACGGGUGAUACCCCUAUUGAAAGCAAGCAGCAACAACAGCAACAACGACCAAAUUGGGAAGAGGCCCUGGCACAAGCAAAGAGUUUCCAGUCGAAUUCGCAAGAUCCUCCAAAGAAGACACCAGUGAAGGAGAAUACAUCCGAGUUGCUGCCGCAAGAUCCUCCGGAGAGUGCACCAGUUGAGGAGGAGAAUACUUUUGCCGCUUCCAGCCAAACCGGAGAGGCAGCGCCUGCAUCGAGUGCCGUGCCUACAGUGGAGGCACAAGAUGACACAAGAUUUAGUGCAUCCAAGUCUACUACUGGCGCAGAAACAGAUGAUUCGUCCAGCGAAGAAGAAGACGAACGAGAAGAGCCGAGAUUCGAACAAAAUCAACCUUCCUUGUUUGCUUCCAAUGAAGGAUUUGCCGCCUUUCCUCAAGAAUCUAGUAACGCGGAGCAACCACAAUUUGAAGAGACCCCAGCUUCCAAUUUUGGGUCAUUGGAAGGUGCUACAUUGGACAAAUUCGAAAAGGGUCCCGAUUCUUUUGGUGCAACCUUUGAAAGCUUUCCGGCAGACUUUGCGGGAACUCAGCCUGCAUUUGCGGCGGAAGAAUCAAAGGACGAAGUUGUUGUUGAUGAUUAUAUUCCACCGUCGUUUGAAUUGCCAACAUCAUCAGCAGUCGGAUUGGUGGAUAAGUCCCCUAUAGAAGACCCUCCAGUAAUUCCUGGACCAUCCAAAGCCCUCCGCUUUGAAAACAAGGAAAAAGGUUGCGUCAAGAUUUAUACGAAUGGAAGGCUUCCCACAGCCCCAACAGCGAAUCCUCUGAAUGGAAAUGUGAUUUUGGCGAAACGGAAUCGCAAGGACCGAGAACUGGCUCUCUGCGAAUUCAAUCCCCAUACAAAGGUUCAAGUCGCCAGUAUUCCUGUUUUGAGCAUGGAUCUUCAAAAAAAGGUGGCAGAAAAGUUCAAUGUAUCCGUGAUUGGCGUGGAUAACGUUGUGACAAUUGCUUGUGGAUUACACACUUCAUCCAGUGGCCAAACUCGAGCGCGGGUGGGCUGUCUUUUGGACUUGCUUGUCUUGGAAAAUAAUGAGGUACUCCGUGUAAUUGUAACCUGGCAAUGGGGCUACGCGGGCAGUACAGACUCCAUUCAGCUCCAAUCACUGCUUAGUCCUCCUUCUGGGAGUGACUUUAGCUACAAUGCAACCAGUCUUCUCGUCGCUGAUUCCUGUGUCUUUGUGAGUGGGGCAUCAGCAAAGGGGCCGUGUGUCUUCUUAUCCAAACCAACUGUUAGAGAGACCUGGACGGCGAACUUUGUUGGCAAGGAUCCAACUCGCAUUGCUUCCAUGGCUGUCACUACGACUACGAUCUCUUCGACAACAAAGUCAAAGCCACAGCGAUUGCCGUAUUUGGCCAUCGGGCUGACUGAUGGAUCAUUGAGCAUUUGGACGUAUCAGGCAGCGACGGCAGUCAAUUCAAAGACAACAGAGACAUUGCGACGACUCUUGUACCCAUUGUGCCGAUUGGAUGUCAGAUCAUUGAAAAAGGCAUCAGCCACAAAGCUGUCUGGCGUUGCAGUUCAUGAUGGCGAUACUGCUGCAGACGCAAACGUGCAGCAAACGGGGGAAAUUGGAUACUGUACGCGUUUGGAAUGGUCAGGUCCGAAUCCAACAAGUAGUCCAAUCGAUACAUUGUUGAUUUUGGUGGCCGCUUUCCAGGGGGGCGUCUUGUUUUAUCACGUCUCGUUACCGAAAAUAAAGGACAAGGCGAAACGCGCCUACGUCGAACUUAAAGCCCCGACCAAUUCAACGCAGCUUGGAUCAACUAUUGUCCUCCAUCCCGUCGCGGCAACACGAUGGCCAGCUGUGUACCAUAAGACUGCUGUCAGCUUUGUCGAUGUUGGAGCGCACAUGCCAUUGACUGUAGCAGUACUUGCUACAGGAUUGAGCACAAACUUGGAAUAUUCAAGAUUGGGCCUUGUGAGUUGUAUACUGGCUCCCUACAAAGGGAGCGUGAAAGACUUGCCCUCUGGCACAGUGCAUGUAUGGGAUAGCUGUGAAUGGAGUAUGCCCAAGUUGUCAGCUGAUAUCCCGCCAAGUGAGCUAAUGUCAUGCACCAACCUACCAGGCGUACUGUACUUCUCCUCAACUGGUUUGGAAGUCCUGAGGUUUUCCCGUUUUGCUCAUUGUAUCAUGCGCAAUCCAACAAGCAUUCCCAUUGGUCUUUCCACAUCUGGAACCACGUAUUGGGGCGAUGCUGUCAGUGACAAAGCAGGAACACUACAUGUUUACACGACCUUUCACUGCGAGAGACGCAAGGUGGUAUACGGAGAAGGCUCAUCUGAGUAUUUGGAAUGGUCUGUACCAGGUCGGCGACAUUGGCUCAUCCAAACAGCGUGUGGAGACUGCAAAGAAGCCGUCCUGGACGAUGUCAACCAACGUGUGAAGCAGAAGAAGGAUGACGACACCAUUUACGGUGGGACAUAUUCCAAGGUUUUGGUGGAACUGACACCAACAGAUUCCGCAAGCAACUUGAUUCCGUUUCGGAUAUCGCGAGACUUUCAAGGGCUGUAUAUUGCUGUUUGGUUCGAAAAUAUUAUUGACGGCACUCAACGUAUUGCACUAGUUGAACGAGUGAAGGACAGCAUGAAGGUUGCCCAUUGGUUCAAAGAUGAACGCGAAAUAGUUUUCCUUCCGAAUGCCAUGGACGAGGAUGAAGUCACCCCCAUACCACAGAUGCUUGUUGUCAACUCAAAUGGUGGUUCUGUAAACUUAUGGCGUCGCAAGCAACGGAAGACUUCUAGUAAGCAUGUUUGGCAACCGGCUGUGGGAGUUGAAUGUAAACCAAUUCUCGGUUUGCCAUCAAGUGAUCAGAAGGGAGGAGAAAAUUUCGAUAUUGAGAGUCAAUAUGUGGAUGUUCUGCGAAUGACCACCUAUCGCUCGCAGGAUCAGGUUGGACUCUUGGUUGCAGGACGACGGCAGGAUCGACGAGUCUGUAUCUUGGCUGGGCCGUUACAACCAGACGACGAUUUAGUCUGGUCAGACUUGUUGCCAAAUCUGGAAGGAGAUCCUUGCAUUUGGUUGGAAGAAGACGAAGAGUUGUGUCUAGUCGUACCUUUACCGGGUGAAAAAGCAAUCCGAGGUGGUAUUGCGAUAGGGUCUACCAAACGGAUAAUGGUGUUGUCGGCAUCCUUGGAAAUUAUUGCCCAAGUCGAUGUCUCCUUGCCUCCCACAUCUCUAGUCCCUUUGGGCUCCUUCACAGUUGGAUACUGUUCACAGGAUGACCAUGCAAUUAAAUACUUGAGUGGUGUUCCAUCAGCAUUUGGUUGUACAGGAUUGAUUGCGUCUUUACCUCUACCACGGCACACCUACAGUCCUCACUUGAUCCUAGCCGUGCGACCGGAUCGAAUCAUCUAUACAUGCUACCACAAUGGAUCUCGCCUCGUCGAGCGUGGACAGUCGACAGGAAUCUUCAUGUUGCCGUCAGCAACAACAAGACCAGCGUUGCUUCUAGAACCAAUGGUUGCAAAUGCCAUUGCAACUGGCGGUGGAGCAGAAACAGCUACUCAGCCUUUCUUUAGAACGGUAAUUGAGAAAUUCGGACGCAAGGUUUCUACGAUGACUCAUGGAGACAACGAAGGCAUUGGAAAUUUGGGUGCUGGACUAACUCCGAAAGUCUUCGACCUACUAGAGCAAUACGGAUUGGAAGCAGCGGCAUCAUGGCUGCUAACAGGAACGGUAAAUUUUGGUCGAUCUACCAAUAGCCGUCUUCUGCCCUCGUGGAUGCCUGUAUCAGCGAAAGCAAAAGCUGCAAUGGGAGAUGCCGACACUCUCAUGCACAUAAUUGCCAAUGGGGAUCAGUACUUUUCAGAAUACAUCAAAAGUCCAGACUCGAACAUGGCAUCAACAUUGCCACGUCCAAGCGAUCCAUCUGCUUUCCUUUCGAAGGGAUAUGGAAUGAAUGCUUUGAAACAAGGGAAUUUCGUAGAUGCCAUGAAGCUUUUGGAUAUCGCUGGUACUGAGAACUCUGAUGCGAUGGUACUGCAGCUCUCACUGGCACUGCAAAUGGAUCAUGCAAUAGAUGCUACUCCAGUCUUGGAGGCGCUGUGCCAAUCUCAUGAUCUGUCCCAAAUUGGCAAAUCAAUUCGAUCAACGAAUGCUGCGUCACUUGCAGCUUUGUCCCUUGAACUUCGGAAAAACAUGGGAAUACCUAACGAUGAAUUUAGGUACAACUGGAUACGCCCACUUGCCCCGUCGUUUCAACGGGGAAAGAAAUUUGGUCGAUUGCGGCCUCGGGUCAUCGGAGAAUCCGCAUUCUCAAAAAUGAGUAAACAGCGAGUAAGGGCCGGAGAUGAGCUGUUUGCUACGGAAACUAGUGAAAUGAAGCUUGUUUGGAACGAAGGACCUAACAAGGAAAAAGAGAACUUGCUUGUUCUGGACAACAUGCAUGAUUGGUUCGGCCGCCGUAAACCGGCCAUUCUCGGCAAGGAAGGUGUCAAGAGUGCCGAAGUGCGAGGUGCAACAACCUUAGCUGAUAUUUUACGAAAAGAAGAUGACGAUUCAUUCGGCGAUCAAGAUGAGGAUGAGACGAAAGAUGGAUGGGUUGAUGGUGUCGGAGAAGGUUUGAAGGACGAAGACAAGCUCUCUGCAUACUUUCGAUUGUCUGAGGGAGACGACGAGGAGAGUGGAUGGCGCACAGAGGGAUUUGCUGAUAUCACAAAGUUUGAGAAUAGAGCAAUCCUUGUUGGUUGUGGAGACACGACCGCACUUGAGGUUUCCACUUCUAGCGUUGAUGAGGGCGAGAGCGGUAAAGUCAAAGCUCUUUACGACUUAGUGUUUGAAGAAUCCGGAGUUGGUAUUGCUGCUGCGCUGGGAUUGCCGGCGCCGCGUGGUGGAAGUUUGGAUAUUGGCAUGAUGCACAGCCCUGACCAUUUAGCUCGCCAAAAGUGCUCAAUGGAAUUCUGGUUUUGGGUACCAGCGUCAGUCAAGGAUUCCAUUGUCCUAAUGCGUAGGACAUAUGGCGUUUCCGCUGACAAUCUGGAGAGUGUUUGUAAAGCAAGUGACAAGGCAAGCGUUUUGUGGGAGCUUAUUUUGUCAACAAACGGAGAAUUGGAAUUCCGAACAGUUUCUGGUUCCAGUCUCAAAACUACACCGCACACUGCCAGCGACGAUGAUGACGAGGAGGAAGAAAUCAAGAGCACUAUUCGAUUCGGAUAUUGGAACCACGUUUGCCUCACUUUCAAGCAAGAAUCAAUGACUAGCUCGAAGGUCAAUGUCUUUGUAAAGGGUGCGAGCGCUAUCUCUGAUACACUGAAUUUUGCCCCACCCAAAUUCGAGAUUGAUGAUUUCUCUGGAGCUGCAGCACUUGAUCCGCUCCUUGAGAAAUCCUAUGUUGCCUUCGCACUUGACCAUCCCGCGGGAUUCCGCAUUGCUGAAUUACGAGCAUGGGCACUAGAACGAGCUGCAGAUGACAUCAGAACCAUGAUGACAGAAUACCUGUAUUGUGCUGAAAUCAAGAAAAAGUUUGCGGUAAGAAUCAAGAAGAAAGGGGGUGCCUCGGCAAAGGUUGGACUCUUGGCCCCUCCAAAAGGAAGCGAGCAACAGAGUACAAUACCGCAGAAAGGACUUUUGGCUCCGCCCAAAGGAUCAGCAUCUACACCAACUGGUAUGUUGGCACCUCCGCGAAGUUCCGAAAAGGCGAGACCUCGAAAGGGAUUGCUUGCACCUCCUAAAGCAGACGAACGAGAAGAGUCCAAGAUCGAAAAUGCUGGUUUUGGAAACGAAGGAUUUGGUUUCGGAGACUCAGAUUUUGGAGCCACAGAGUCAAUGCCACCAACAUUCCAGGAUACUGCUGCCAAUGCUGCAUUCAGUGCUGAUGCUUUUGGUGGCUUCGGGUCAAAAGACAGCAUGCCUGUGCCCUUCAAUGCUGCAUUUGGCGAAGGUAGUAAUUUUGAAACAACAGGACCAACAUCAUUUGUAGACCAGGUAGAAGAGCCAGGAAUGGAGACUUUCGAAGAGAGUCCAGAAAUAUCUCCUUUGUGGGAUAGUGCCAUUCCACUAUCUGAGCAAGUAAGAUCAUCUGCAGCAGCAGCCUUGAUUCGAGGUCCGCCAGCAACGAGGCACUUUGGAGGCAACCGUGGAGGUUUACCAGACUAUCGAGAGCUUGAACGGUUUGGUGUUGGCGCCAUAUCGAUCUGUGGGUCCGAAAAAACCAUUGUAUGGAGGGACGACCAAAUCCCACCUGGCCUUACAUAUCCUAUCGGUGCAAGUGGAGCAAUAGUUAGUGAUCAGAUGGACGAGGAUGGCAGUGAAUUCCUCUGUUGCUUUCUCGCAAAGGACAAGCGCAUGGUGGUCUUUGAAUUGUCGACAAGAACGGUCGUCGUCGAGUUGCAAAUGACUACAAAAUUGAACUUCUGGCGAUUCCUACCCCCAGAGGCUGGAGAGGACACUCUUUGUUUCAUGCUAGUAACUCCAGUUGGUGGAUUCCACUGGAUGCCACUGGACGAAUCACCACGUCCGCGACAAGUUUGGAAGCGAGGACCCGAGCUGCAGGGAAAGAAGAUUGUCUGCUACGAAGAAGGUGGAACAAACGGGCUUGAUGGUCCAGACAUGCUCUCGAAAGUGGGAAUGCUGUUGGUGACAAACACGGCUGUGGGUGGUUCUGUAGAAGCCUGGUUGGUACCUAUCUGCGGAGACUCACUAGCACUCUGCGCGCAUGACAAUGUGUUGGGUGCAUGUCUCUGCUCGCCACCAGAUAUUGGCUACGAGGCCUGGAUGCCGCUUCUGCUAUUUGUUGUUGAAGCUGAAGAAGACCUAGUAGUUUGUAUUUCAGCGGUAACCGAAACUUCCGAAGUUUCCAUUGGAUUGACAGAAGUCAUGACAGAUGCGUUGAUUGAGCUAGGCCCUUACAAAGGCUUCGAUUACGAGCCUCCGACCUUGGCUAUGGGCAAUUGGCCAGAGGUACUAUGCUGUUCCCUUGGAACUACAAUUGUGAUCAUCGUCCGAAAAAAAGGAUUAGUGGUCGCUUAUGAACUUGCAGAAACUGGUCUUGAGUUAAUUGCUCAGGAAAAUGUUGGUCACUUUGUUGUUGAUGCAGUUAUGAGAUAUUCUGCUGCAGAAGGAGGCGCCGAAAUUGUUCUGCUUAUGUCGGAUGAAGAUAAUCCAAAAGACGGGCGGGUUGGAACAUUUUGCUUUAGAACGGCACUGUAA